CACUGAGGUGACACGGUAUUUGAUGGCCAGCACGGCAGAAUCUCAUACCGUCACAUAUGGAGACUUCCUCAUGUUAGAUGUCAAUGAACCAUGUGAGCUGACGGCAGAUAAACCAGUGAUGGUAACACAGGUUAUUUACGAUGAAGCAGAUGGUUCAGAUUUUGAAUCAACAAUGUCUUUGGUUCGUCCGGUUUCUCGCUGGUCUCACCAUUACAAAUUGUUUCAUCCGGAAUACGACAUCACAGUGCAGACAGUGUUCAAAUCUGAAGAUGAAAAGUCCGCUUUUCGCGUGAAUGGAGCAUCACCUUCGCCAACAACUUCUCAAGUCAAAGGCCCGAACGGAUAUGUUUAUGGGGACGCAAUUAACCUUGGCGCCGGAGAAUUUGAAAUAAGCCUUGACGAGACAGAGGUAAUCAGUACGUUCAUGGUAAUGGGAACUUUCUCCGCUCCUGAUGUUGGUGUAAUGAUCGAGGCAUUGGGAUACGGAGCCAGUGACAUAGGUUUGUGUGAGAAACUUGGUAGCCGAGGGGAUAUGACAGAUAAUGACUGUGAUGGAGUCGCUGACGAGGAGGUUUGUAAUGGAUUGGAUGACGAUGGAGAUUCGGUCAUCGAUGAAGAUUGUAGAGCCUAUGUAACAGACUUUUCCGGUGCUGUUGGAAUCCGUGUUGUCAGUUGUCAAGUCUCACCAGAUUUAAGUUUUCCUGCCGACAAAAGGCACGAUAUAACUGACAGUGAUGGAUGCGCCAUUACUAGUUCAAACCUGUUUAGACCAGACGGCGAGUUUGUCCUGCAGGCCGGCGGAACAGGCGUACAGCCUAAAUAUUACUACAGUGGGGCGCUUCGACUUUCGCAGUACAUGGACGAACCUAAACUUUACUUCAAGUGUGAUAUUGAAAGGUUCUGUACUGCAUCAAGUGACCCUGCAUGUCAGGAAAUGUGUGCUGGAGGUAGAAAACGUAGGGAAGACGAAGAAUCACCAGCGAUGAAAAAUAUAACUACAGAUAUCUGGGUCUUACCUUAUUUCCCGUCCACUGACAAACCAACGGUUACAGAAACGGUAGAAGGUGCCACCAGCUUCAAAGCCUGCAUAGACAAUGACUACGUGCAAAUGUCGUUCAUUCUACUGGUUGUGUUGAUGUUGGUUUCAUUCUUCACGGCGCUCAGUUUCUGUUGCUUAUUCAGACGAAGAUACAACCGGGAUAAAGAAAUGGAAAGAAAUAUGUACCACAACAGACAAAAUAAAGUUUGGAAACGCUAAAUUUGCAAUGGGGGCAUACCGUUCUUAAUGCAGACCUUUGAAUCAUUUAAAUUUUGUGAACCUUGUUAAAUGAACUGGAAUAUUUUGAAAACGAAUUGACUACGUGGCCAUGUACGAAUCUCGGGCCGUGCCGGAUGUUUCUUUAGAUAAAACUAAGGAUAUAGAAUUUGGAUAAAAUUAUUAAUAUCGUUUUAACUUAUUAUGCCUCAUAUUUACAAACAGAUUAAGUAAUUAGACUGACCAGUUAUGCUAAUUUCUGAAACCCAAAAGAGGCAAGAGAAAUAGCGAAAUCUAAACUUGUUCACCAUACGCACGCACGCACGCACGCACGCACAAACGUACACUAUUUCAAUAUACAUAUGUAUAUAAUUUUAGCUCGACGGCUCGCAAAAUAUCUAAGGCUGUUUAAAUUUUAUGGAACA